GACCAGAGUGAGGGCCGGUAUAUUGAGAUGAAUCUAGGUCUCGGCGUCUUGGAAGAGCAGCACUCCGACGAUGAGGACAAGCGCGAAAAGUCUGAAGGGCCCAAGAAAGACUCGGAGUCGCGCUCGAAAGAAUCGGACUCGAACGUCAUGGAUACAUUAAUGGGCAACGACGAGGAGCCCUCGUCGAAGAAGCCGACGAUCCAAGAACUAUAGAAUUUUA